GCCAUCGAGAUGACACACAUCAUCAUUGGAAACGAAUUCGAAAAGCGAUUUGAAAUAAAAAAUAAAAAAAAUGUUUAUCAUGUAUCAAAAAAGUGGAAAAUUUUGUUAUUGUAGAUUUAACUACUGAUGUCUUUUAAAUUGUUGGCAUUUUUAUUUACAGUUUUAUCGUUAGUUUAUCUGUUGAAAAUUAGUGAUUAUUAUAUUUGUUGAUUGUUAUUCUAAAACGAAUUGUUUGAGAUGUCACAUUGAAUGAGCUUCGAAGUGGAUCGUUACACGCCGGCCUGGGCACACGUAGCCCUCUGUGCUGACCUCACUUGGGCCUCCGAACCACCAGAUGACUUUAUCAUAGCCAAUCAGCGUCUAUUGGCACAACACUGCCGUGUUUCGCAAAUAUUACAGGACCAUACGAUAGAGUCUUCGCAAAAUUCAACGAACCGAUGUGAUGCAGCGGAGAAACACAUUGAUAAUGCCAGAGCAAGUGGGCAAAGAAGUGUGAAAGACGUGAUACCGGAAUCUAGACUGGCUCAAUUUUAUGGAAACUUUUGUUACGACGAACACAGAGAGAGCUGCUACACAAACCCAAAUGACAUCAGGAUUCGCCCUUACUGCGCUCAGGGAUACGACAACACCGAUGUCACCGAAUGCUGGAUGUUACCAGAGGUUGAGUAUUGGUUUCGUAAGCUGAUGGAAGAUCCCUCGGAACGCAGCAUGGUGCCACGACGACGCAGGCAGUACCGAAUACCAGCUGAUGACGAUUUCGAGCGCUGGAGCCCGAUUGGCGCACGGAAUCUAGAGGAGGCGAGCCUGGAGGCCAGAGUGCGGAGUGUACGUCAAUUGUGGGAGAAAGAAGAACCAAAGCCACAGCCCACUCCACCCCAGAACUCUAGGAAGAUGAGGGCACGCCGCAGACAGCCCCGACGACUCAGCGCCCUGGCCCCCCCUCCGCCCCUCUAUUCUUUGGACACUUCAGCGCAACUAGUCUGUGACCCGACUUGUAAGUUCCAUUUUGAAUCUCCUAGAGCGCCGAGCGCUGACUUUCAGCGUGCAAUAAGCCGCUACUCCGCGAGUAUGCAGGCAUUAAUGCGAGCCACUGCGGCCAGGUGUCCCUUGUACCGGGGAACUAAUGUGAGCCGAUACGCUCCCACCGGACAGAGACCCUUAAGAUGCUCAGAUAGACGCUGCAUAUGGUGGCCGAAAGAUCCCCAGCAACCUAACAAGUAUAACCAAACAAAAAUACGUUCAAAACCACAAGCCCAGCCUGUUUCAACUGAUGAGGAAUUGGACAGGACUGAAAAUGUUAAAACACCAGAAGAACCUCUCGAAAGAUCGAACCAAGACAUCGAGGAUGACAUAGAAAAGCCAGAUAGCCCAAAACUAAGAGAUAAAAUAGUGAUAAAAGAUGAUCAAAUGGCCUCUACUAGUACAGCUCCGACUACAAAUUCUGAACGAAAGAAACGACUCUACAGCACCGUCCUUAGCAUGAGUCCUCCAAUAAACAUAGCAGCAAGCUGCAUAAGAAUAAACAAGCUUUCACCGGGAAUUUUAAAACUCAAUCCAAAAAUUGUACUACAGACACGCCUAAGAACUUCAACUGUAGAUAACAAAUUUGAGGAGCUGGAAAAAGAAGCAUUAGAACAAUAUAAGGCAUCAGACGAAAGCAUUGAUUCUAAAUUUCAAGAACUAGAAAAAGAAGCUGUAGAACAAUAUAACACAAGUAACAGUAACACAAGCUGCAGUAGUGGUAAUUCUGGAGAAAAGAAACUCAACUCUACCAUGGAUAUCAAGAAAUCAUUAAAAUUUCAAAAGGAUAAAUCGGUUGAUAGCGUUGUUAUUUACUCCCAAAACUUUCCGGAUCUCAAUGCAAGAGGGCACAGUAGCGUAACGAAUCUAAAAAACUGCCAUGUCCCCCAUAGGGGGGAAAAAAAAGAACUGAACCACAGAUUGUGUAAAGCUUCUAAAAAGAACAAAUCAGAGUCACUUCAAGCUGCGUCUGACACAGAUUAUGAAUCCAGACACAAUAAAGCCAGUCAUAAAGGUGCUAUGCAUUGGACACUUCACCUGAUGCCACCAAAAAAGAGACACUUGUCUUCUUGUGUUUCGGAUUUUUCUUCAGAUGAUGACUUCGGAGAACCACCAGGUUUUGUUAAAGACAGGCCUUGUAUUAAGCACCACUUAACUGGAAAAUUUAAAAUGUCGGCCCAUGGUGCAGGAGAUUUACAGCCAAUCAUAAGAAAAACAUAGAAACAUGCAAAUUAAUGUAAGCUAGAAUAGUCAAAAAAUUGUUCAGUAUGUUUAUGAGGUCAAGUAAGAGAAUGUAACAAUUUGAAGCUAUCAAUGUGAUCAAAAACAUAUUUUUACUAGUCAUAAAUAAUUUGUAUAUAUAUUUUUGUAUUUGACUUUACUUGAUAUUUAAGAAAACAAUUUCAAAUAAUGAAAAUGUUACACUGAAAAUUGCUUAGAUGUUGAGUUAUGAAAAAAUAAAUAUUUAUAUUUAUUUGUA